AUGACAUCAGCCAUGAAUUGGAGAGCUGGAGAAUUUGGUUCACGACCUGUACGGGUUGCGAACUGUUCGGGCUACCACGGCGACCCAGCUGAGGAAAUGUAUAACCAGGCCACGCUCGGCGAUGUCGACUUCAUAACCGGUGACUACCUUGCAGAGGUCAAUAUGGCCAAUAAUGCGGAGGCUUUCGCGCAGGGAAAGCAUUCUGGCUACGAGGAGACGGCUUGGCAAGGCCUCAAACAGACUUUACCUGUCAUAGCACAGAAGCGGAUCAAAGUCGCCAUAAACGGUGGUGCCCUUAAUCCUGGAGGCCUAGCCACCAAGGUUGCUGCCUUGAUCGGGGAAAGGGGGUACGAAUUAAAAGUCGCCUACGUGUCAGGAGAUAAUGUUCUGCCGAAACUUGGCGCCUUCAUGCCGGAACAGAAGGACGCCUCCUUGCCUCAUUUCGACUCCCAAAACAAGAAUGUUGUCAUCUCUGAUGAAUCUUUCAUCUUUGCACAAAACGGAAAGGAACCCCGGAAAAUAGUAUCUGCAAAUGCCUACCUGGGCGCUCAUUCAAUCUAUCAGGCUUUCCAGAAUGGCGCCGAUAUUGUCAUUUGCGGUCGGGUUUCCGACGCCAGUCCGGUCAUUGCAUGUGCUUGGUAUUGGUGGUCCUGGAAGAUUACAGAUUAUCAUGAGCUGGCCGGUGCUCUCAUCGCUGGACACUUGAUCGAGUGUUCAUCGUACGUGACUGGGGGAAACUUUGCCGGUUUCGAUGCGUUUGAUGUCGACAACUUCAUCAACCCUGGAUUUCCCAUCGCCGAGAUUGCUCAAGAUGGGUCCUGCGUCAUAACCAAGCAUGAAGGCACAGGCGGCAUGGUGACUAUCGAUACGUGUAGAUCUCAGCUAGUCUACGAGCUUCAGGGCAACGUCUACCUUAACAGCGAUGUUAAAGCGUAUAUUGAUGAUGUCAGGAUGGAGCAAGUUGGAGAAAAUAGGGUCCGUGUCACUGGAAUUCGUGGUGCUCCACCUCCAGAUACCACUAAACUUGCCGUCUUUUAUAAUGGUGGACAUGAAGUCCAGCUAUUAGUUAAUGCUACGGGCUACGCUACUGGCAAGAAGUUUGAACUUUUUAGCAGGCAAGUUCGAUACUUCAUGGGCGAAAAAGUCUUGAACGAACUUGAUAUUUUUGAAGUCCAACAAAUCGGCGUUCCCGCAUUCAAUCCUGCGAAUCAGAAUAGCAGCACCGUCUACUUUCGAAUAUUUGCCCAGUCAACCAAUCUUCGGGCCCUCGGAGCAAUUGCUGUUGCUGUCAGGCAUAUUUCCUUGAAGCACUACUCUGGCUUUCACAACUCGUUGGAUAUGCGCACUGCGAUUCCUCGACCUUAUCUAGCUUAUUAUCCCGCUUUGUGGCAUCAAUCUAACCUCAGCGAGCAGUGUCAUUUCGUCAACGCUGACGGCACGACCAGCUCCUUUGACACGUCGCCGCCUCCCCGUUUUGAGCAGCUAGAGCAACGCGAGUCUUAUGACACAAAGUCCCCUUCACACUUCACGGGCGAUCUUCGCCAAAUGCGAUUGGGUGACAUCGUUCUGGGUCGCUCGGGCGACAAGGGUGCCAAUUUGAACUUUGGCUUGUUCGUCCAGGGACAGGAUGAGUGGGAGUGGCUCCGUUCUUACAUGUCUUGUGCUAAAGUUCAAGAGAUGCUCACCGACGACUGGCACCCGGAUUUUUCAAUUGAGCGAGUCGAAUUUCCUAAAAUCUACACGGUCCAUUUCGUAGUCUACGGUAUCCUUGGCCGGGGUGUGAGCAGCUCAAAGCGUUUGGAUGGUUUUGGCAAAGGCUUCAUCGAUUACUUCAGAGACAAGACUGUCCAAGUCCCCGUGUCUAUUCUGGACAAGGCAGCGUCUUCCAAGUUAUAA